CGUGAAAUGAUUUCACCGCGAUACCAACGCUGGGUGGCCAUCCUGGCCGUCUGCUGUCUGUUGCUGCUGCUGGGGAACGUCGCAGUGCUCUUCUCAAAGCACGCGGAAGAUUUGCACACGCUCGGAUGGUUGCGCGGAAUGAGGCGUUCGAUGCCAGCGCUCUCGAACGACACGCAUAUGCAAGACGAGGUGGUGGCCGCGAUGGCAUGGGCGUGGAAGGGCUAUCGACAGCAUGCGUUCGGUCAUGACUCACUCGACGUCGUGCAUUCAAACGGCACAGCAUUUUCUGACCACGACCUCGCGAUUUCCCUUGUGGACUCGUUGGACACGCUCUUCCUCCUCGGUCUCCAUGACGACUUCCUCGAGGCUGCGACGUGGGCAGAGGCGAAUUUAGCGCACAAGUUUGAUGGCCCAGGCAAAGUCAGUCUAUUUGAAACGACGAUUCGUGUGCUGGGGUAUUGUCUCAUCUUCUCAUUUCCAUGCUCACACAUGCAGUUGCAGGGGCCUCCUCGCAGCUUAUCAACUGUCUGGGCGUUCAGGGCUCCUCGAUCUCGCCGACGAUUUGGGCGGUCGCUUGCUGCCUGGCAUGCGGAGCUCUGUACUGCCGCGUUCGUUUGUAAGUCUGGAGGAUGCAACGGCCAACGGCCCGAGUUUUCUGGCUGAGUUUACCAGUAUUCAGCUCGAAUUCAAGUACCUGGCCUUGCUCACGGACGAUAGCGAUUAUAGCGACGCUGUCGAGGACGUCAUGGACACAGUGAGCCAGAUCGUCGAGCGGGAGUACGCCGACGGCCUCGUUCCCAUCUACGUCGACAAUGACCUGGGCCGAAUCCACCGCAGCCGGAUCAAGCUGGGGGCAGGCGGCGACAGCUACUAUGAAUAUCUCCUCAAGCAGUGGCUCUUUACAGGCAAGCGUGAGACCAAGUACCGGGACAUGUACAAAACUGCGGUGAACGGAAUCAUGGAAAAGAUGGUCGGACGGACGAAAAAGUCAGGUUGGGUCUUCCUCGGCGAGCUCGAAGUGACGGGAGAGCUCUUGCCCAAAAUGGACCACCUCGUGUGCUUCAUGCCUGGCAUGCUUGCCCUCGGCUACAUGCACGGGAUGCCGCCGUCGCAUUUGGUCUUUGCCAAAGAGCUCGGCCGAACUUGCUUUGAGAUGUACAACCAAAUGGAGAGCAAGUUGGCGCCCGAGAUCGCCUAUUUCAACACGGUCGACGUCUCAGAUGAUAUCCAAAUACAAGCAAUCGACGCUUUCAACAUCCUGCGUCCUGAAACAGUCGAAAGUCUCAUGGUGUUGUACCGCGUCACCAAGAACGAGACAUACCGGGAAUGGGGUAAGGUCAUCUUCCGCGCGUUUGAACGGCACUGCAAACUGCCGCAAGGCGGGUACACAAGCGUGAACCACGUCGACUCGAGCGCCCCGACCAAGUUCUUUCGUCGGGAGAUGGAGAGCUUUUUCAUGGCCGAGACGCUCAAGUACUUUUACUUGCUCUUCUCGGACGAGUCGGUCGUUCCCCUCGACAAGUUUGUGCUCAACACCGAGGCGCAUCCGUUACCGAUCCAACGGCGAUGAAAUCAUGUUUUUCGAGUUUGAAAAUUGAAUAGACGUCAGACUCAAGGAUUAAAUAUUUUACCAAAAUCACAAUUGCACAAAUUAUACCCCGG